UGCUAAUUAUUUGACUCCUUAGCACCACAAAGUCUGUUCCUUGGUUGAGAAAAAUAUGGUCACCAUUAUUGGUGAUGUUCAAGAGGACACUUUUCAGUGCAAAGAUGGUCCCUGUGUUGCAAAAGUUUUUAAGUGUAACUGGAGCUCAGUGACUAAAUGUGCCUCUCCUUCAUAAAGAUGUCAUUUGUCCGAGUGAACCGUUACAGCUCCCGGGGAGGAGGAAGGAAAGCACUGAAAGUAAAGAAGAAAACGGCAGUGAAGCAAGAAUGGGAUAAUACUGUGAAUGAUCUAACAGUUCAUCGGGCAACUCCUGAAGAUCUGAUACGCCGACAUGAAAUACACAAAUCAAAGAAUAGAGCACUAGUACACUGGGAACUCCAAGAAAAAGCUUUGAAGAGAAAAUGGAAGAAGCAGAAACCGGAAAUUUCUAAUCUUGAGAAAAGGAGAUUGUCUAUCAUGAAGGAGAUUCUUUCUGAUCAAUACCAGAUGCAGGAUGCAUUGGAAAAAUCAGAUCAUUUGAUAGCUGCAACCAAAGAUCUGUUUGUUGAUUUUCCUCGUAGGCGCACAGGGUUUCCGAAUGUAACAGUGGCUCCUGAUUCCUCUCAAGGGCCCAUUGUGCUAAAUCAAGACCCCGUCACCCAGGCCAUCCUUGGUGACUCUGUUGUGGAGCCUCAGGCUCUUAACGAAAUAGAUGAAGAAGAAGAAGAAACUGUUAACAGCCAGUCAGAGGAAAGUGAGAAUGAGUUGGAUAACUCUCUAAACUCUCAGUCUAACAUGAAUGCAGACAGGUUCCUUCACCAACUAAAGGAAGAUAAUUCUGAGAUAAUUAGUAAACUGUGGACUGAUAUUCAGCAGAAAAUAGCAACACAGUCACAAAUAACAAGCCCUCUAGGGACUCCAUCAUCCACCUCUCCAUCAGAGGAAAAAAAAGCUGCUCUGAAUGCGACUAAUGCUGUCAAGAGAGUCCACACCAGGCUUCAGCCUGAAGAAUCUUCUGAGUCUCUAGACUCCAGCUACGUUGUGGGACAAGUGCUGAACUCCAGGAAGCAAAAGCAGCUGUUAAAUAAAGGUUCCAUUCCUAGUGAGCUCCAACUGCGUAAAGAAGAAGAGACAAGGCAGAAACUGGAGCAGGCAUUAGGUGAUCAUCGAGAGCUCAUUGAUGCUCUGACAGCUGAAAUUCUACUUCUUAGAGAAGAAAAUACUGCUACCCAGGCGAGACUUCAGCAGUAUAUGGUCACAACAGAUGAGCAACUUAUAUCGAUCACACAUGCCAUUAAGAGCUGUCCAGUGAUAAAUAACAACCAAGCAAGUCUGGCAGCAGAAAGGGGAGCCACAAGUAGUAGAAUUAUGGACAAUCCAGAGGCUUCAGUUGUAAAUGCUAAUGUCUCCAUGCCAUUGAUGUUUCGAGGGGAAGAAGUGCGUGAAUUCCCACAGGAAGACUUGCCUGUUAAACUAUCUCAAGUGCCAAACCCUCCAGAUAGUGUGAAUCUGGCCAACAAUUUUCCAGCACACAUAUUUGAGCCGGCUGUGUUGUUAACACCACCCCGGCAGAAGAGCAACUCAGAAUUCUCUCCUCUGCAGGAUGUAUUGAGGAGGACCGUUCAAACUCGUCCUGCUCCACGAAUUCCUCCAACUGUGGAAAUAAUUGAGAAGGAACAAAAUUGGGAAAAGAAGACCUCACCGCCCAGCACAGACAUUCAGAAUUCAAGUGACGAGAGUCAUCUCUUCACCCAGAGGUGGAGGGUCUCUCACAUGGGAGAAGAUUUGGAAAACAAAACCGAGGCUCCUUUUGUCAACCUCUCACAGCCCCUGUGCAAUUCCCUCUCAAACACUCAGCAACCCAGAAACCCUGCAUUCUCAGAAGAGCCCCCAGUACUGGGGGAUGGGCAACAGCUUAGAGCAGAUGAGGCAUUAAUACAAAGAAAGAACAUCAUGGCACAAAUUGCUGAGUUGACACUGCAGAAUUCAGCUAUCAGGGCUCAUCUGAAUAAUAUUCUUUGGCCAGGGGGAGAGCAAGGGGAUGGACUUCGGGAGUUAAACAAACAGGAGACAAGUCAUACAAGCAACAUGAGUGCUACUUUUCCAGCAACACGGCCUCUAACACCAAAUAGCAUGGAGGAGCGGAUUGCGGAACUGAACCGGCAGAGUAUGGAGGCUCGCGGAAAGCUCUUGCAGUUAAUAGAGCAGCAAAAACUUGUUGGUUUGAAUCCUUCCCCUCCACCGAUAUCACCUAUUCAGUCACCUCUCAGAGCUUGGACUGAUUGGCCACAAAUUCCUGAUUUAAAAGAAGGAGGAAAGAGGACAAUUGAAGUAUCUGUUCCAGGAGCGGAAGCCCCAGAAACCUCGAAAUGCAGUACUGUCUCUCCUAUCAGUGGAAUAAAUUCAAGAAGAUCUUCAGGGGCUACUAGUAAUUCUUGUUCUCCAUUAAAUGCCACCUCAGGAAGUGGGCGAUUCACACCUGUUAAUCCAAGAGCAAAGAUUGAGAAACAAAAUGAAGAAGGCUGGUUCGCUCUUUCCACACAUGUGUCAUAAGUGAGGUCAAGUGUGACUUUGUUUUCAGUGGUACAUUCUUGAGCUUCCAUUCCCCUUUCCCUGCUUUCAAGUUUUUGUCCUUCUUUCAGCUAAAACCUACAAAGAUCCUGUGACUUCAUACAAAUAGAACAAAGAAAUAAAGCAAUUAUUUUAUUUUUGAACUUUCAAAUACAUUUCCAGCAACUAACCAACCUGCAACCUCCUGCAAAUAAAAUGUUGACUAUAGGGAAAUUAAAGUUUCAUAUUCUAGUAAUUUCCUAAGUACUUUAAGGUUUUUCUUUCUACUUCUUCUUUUUUAAUCCUCACCUGAGGAUAUUCUUUCCAGUGAUUAUUUAUUUUAAA